AUGGCAGCGGCCGCGGUGAGGGGCAUCGGGGGCGGGCUGGGCCGCGGCCUGCGGGAGCUCCGCAUCCACCUCUGCCAGCGCUCCCCGGGCAGCCGCGGUGUCAGGGAAUUCAUCGAGCAGCACUACGUGACCCUGAAGAAGGCAAAUCCCGACUUCCCCAUCCUGAUCCGGGAGUGCUCUGGGGUGCAGCCCAUGCUGUGGGCUCGCUACGAGUUUGGCAAGGAGAAGAGCGUGUCCCUCAGCAACCUCUCGGUGGAUGAAGUGGCCAAAGCCUUGGAGAACGUUGUGAAGAGCAAGGUGUGAAGAGAAGAAGGUGGCCAUGGCCCAGCUGGGGCCUGGGCUGCUCAACUUUAAUGUCCAACCUGUGUCUGUAACUGAAGGGAUGGCAUAAAGGGCCCCUGCUCACCCUCGGCCUCACUGCUGCCUUCCGG